ACUAAAAAUAGAUCGCACUCUAUUGGCAGCUUGUCGUGAAGGAAGAGAAUUAAAAUCCUUAUAACAUACAAUCAAAUUUGGUCGGGUAUAUCAGUCUGGUUUUGAAUACCACCCUUUUGAAGUGCACUUCAACGUCAAUCUAUAGGGGGCGGCCAUCUUGAAAACUUUCAAAACAAACAAUCGCCAAUCAACAUUUCACGAAAUACUGAAGCUUCCAAGUGUCGAAUGAACACCAAAAUCAACACAGGAUACCUUCAACACACCACUAUACGAUAUAUAAGCAUUUAAAGGUAAGGACGAGGCCUGCAGUUUCCUACCAAGGAUGGGGAUCUCCCGCCAUGUGUGCCGAGCUGUCACUGUGAUCAUCUGUCUUCCGCUGGUCGUCAUCAGCUCGCUUCUGGCAGUUGCAGCCAUUCGGGCUCUCCUCAUUGAGGAUAUCGAUUACCAGUUUGAGGAGUUCAAAACCAAAGACUUGGAAGAUAUUCCAGAAUCUUAUCUGGAAAGUUUUCCAGAGGUUUUUGGAGCGUCUUUGCGCAUACCGACAGUCUCUACCGCUCCUGGAGACUAUGACAAGGAACAGAUUCUGGUCUUCCAUCAAUUUCUUCGUGACAGCUUUCCAGACGUGUUCAAUUCAUCUUUCGUUAAAGUAGAGGUCAUCAAUUCUUACAGUCUCCUUCUAACCAUCAUGGGAACUGACGACAUUUUGCUGCCAUACAUGCUUGCGGCUCAUCUGGACGUGGUUCCCGUCGACGAGAACAAGUGGUCCCAAGCUCCUUUUGGAGGACAAGUUCUGCCGGAUCCUGAGACUGGAGAAAUGUUCGUUUGGGGGAGAGGGGCCAUCGAUAAUAAGAUCAAUCUCAUGAGCAUCAUGAUGGCGCUUCAGUAUUUGAUCACGACUGGAUUUCAGCCAAGAAGAACUUUCUAUGCAUCUUUCGGACACGACGAAGAGGUGAAUGGCUACGAUGGAGCUGGUCACAUUGGGAGGAUCCUGGAGGAGAGAGGCGUCAUUCUGGACUUCCUUCUGGACGAAGGUUUACCCAUGACCCUGGGCGUUGUGAAGGGCCUGGAUGUUCCCGUUGCUGCAAUUGGGGUGACGGAGAAGGGCUGGAUGAGCGUCACGCUGGAGACGGAGGGCGAGGGCGGGCAUUCUUCGGCGCCCCCAAUCGAACAGGUCGCUCCUCGUCUUGGGAGGGCGAUGUCCAACCUCGAGCAGUACCCACAACCUUCCAUGUUCGGGACAGGACCAGAAUCAGAAAUGUUCGGCUACUUGGCUCCGUCGGCGUCUUGGCCCUACAAGAUGUUUUACGCCAACCUGUGGCUGUUCAAGCCCCUGAUGGAGUUGAUAAUGUCCAGGCAGAGGAACACUAACGCCUUCGUCCGCACCACCACCGCUGUCACCAUGGUCAGCGUUGGUGUCAAGGAGAACGUCGUUCCGACUUCAGGGUCCGUUACGGUCAACCACCGCGUGCAUCCGGGGCAAAGCCUCCACGAUGUUCUUCAGCACGACAUCAACGUCAUCAAUGACCCUAAGGUCAAGGUCAAAGUUCUGCGACAAAGAGAAGCCCACCCCAUCUCUCCCUAUGGGCCGGGGGUCCCAGGAUGGCGGCUGAUCGUCUCUGCUACCAAACACAUCUAUCCGACGUCCGUAGCAGCACCAGGUAUACUAAUCGCAAACACGGACACUCGUUACUACUUGAACGUCACGAGCAACAUCUAUCGCUUCUACCCGGUGCUCCUGACCGAGGACGAGAUAGGCAGAAUUCACGGCACCGACGAGAGACUGUCAGUCGCCAACGCCAAGAGCGCUGUCCGCUUCUACCACCGAGUGAUGGUCACGGCUGACCGGCAACCGGCCAAUGUGGUGGUGGUGGUCGAUCACGACCGCUCGCCGCCAGUGGUCGAUUCGGAUAAUUCGACUGACGUGUCGAUAGAUAGUUUGGCAGACAUAGCGAUAGAUAACUCUACAGAGAUAUCGACGCCAAAUUCAACUCUGGAUGAAUUCGACGUUUAACCUUGCAGGUUCUCGGAGUCUUGUAAGAGGAUGCUGAUGGUAAUGUUCACAGAGAUACCAUGUAACUAAUCCAGUUUUGUUGGGGUUUUGCCUUUUUUGGGGGUUUUUGAGUUUUUUUUCAGGGGGGGAGGUAAUUGUCUUUUUAUUUAUUUUUGUUCCUACACGUGUUUUUAUGUGAUUUUUGCCAUGAAUUGUUCUCCCUUAUUAUUGAUUUCUUUGAGUCUUAUGCCCCAAGGAAUGUUAAUGUGUUUAUCUUCCUAUUGCCUAUUAAAAGGCGGAAUAACGGAAAUACUCCACAAUAGAAGAUAUGAUUUGAAUGAUUUCAUAUAUAUAUAUAUAUAUAUAUAUAUAUAUAUAUAUAUAUAUAUAUAUAUAUGCAUAUCUUU